CUUCCAUUGAUGACGUCAUAGUAGUGUUCUGAUUCUGAUUCUUGUGUCGAAGACAGAAGUAAAAUCAUUUGUGUUUGAUCUGGUGGAGAGUAAAAGUGGAUAAGGUCAAAAACGGUUCAUUGAGAAUGGAUGCUGGGAAACGGAGGCAUGAAAUGGAUCAUUUGAAUGAAGAAAAUGCUGAUCUGCAAUCAGAACCCAACAUAUAUACAUCAAACGAUGGUCUGAUCACUCAAACUGGCAGCAGAUCAAAUAUUGAAUGGAGCACCACUGUGGAUGAGGGCAGAUUCAGUGAGGAGCUGCUGAAAAGAGCCCAUAAGACGUCCUCACCGCUCAGCCUGCUGCACACGGACGCUUCAGCCGUCAAUCACGAGGAGCUGCCCAGCUGCUCCUUCACACACCACACACUCAGAGAUCACAGCAGGUUACUGGGUGAAAUUGCCUUCCAGCUGGACCGUCGAAUCCUCUCACAUGUUUUCCAGGAACAGUCUAGACUGUAUGGAUUCACCGUACAGAACAUCCGAGAUAAAAUAGAGCAGGUCUCCAUUCACCCCCUGACCGGGACAGUGGAUGAAGCUUAUAAGUUCCAGCUGUUGGAGCGACACACAGAGAUCACGGACAGGCUUCAUUCGCUGGGAUAUAACAUGAGUCUCCACCCUGCCUUCAGUGAGUUCAUCGUCAACACCUAUGGGAUCCUGAAAGAGACGCCUGACGCCCGGGAACCGGCCUACACCAACCCCGAGUUCUUGCGCAGGGUGAUUGUUGAAACUGCCCCGUCCAGGUUGCUGAAGGAUCUUCUGCUGCUGCUCAGCUGCUUGUGUUUCAUGGCACGACUGGAUGGACGGAGUCUGUUCCUGUGGUAGAAAUGUCUCAAUCCACACGUCCCUUCCCUGAUUUGCUCCUUUCUGAAAAUAAACAACUUAGAAAUGCAA